CUCCGGGGGAAGCUGAUACUAUUCAACAGAGUCAAGUUAAGUUAAGUGAAGUGAAGUGAGGUGACGUGGAGUACUUUGGACGUCUUCUGAAAGUUCAGAAACUAUGAGAAGAGUUGUGGACACAUAUUUCGAUAAGCUAUAUUAGCGGUCUGAAUGUCGAUUGCCUUCAAAUUUUUCUGGUUCAGCUUUAACGAAACAAGUUUUUCAUCCAAGAAACAACACGGCGCUCUCCGGGGGCUAGCGCAUUAGCUAACAGGAACAGCCUCUGUUGUAAAUAUAGCCAAGUAACUAAAUUCCACGUCAUGCAAGACAAAUAUUAUAUUGUCACCGGGGUGGCAAAACAUGAAAAGGACUAAGAAGGACUUGACUGCCUACCACUGACGUUUGACUUACAGGAGCUACAAUAGUUAGCGUGCUAAUAUUAGCCUGUCAGUCGAGCAGGAAAGGAUCAGUGCGAAGCUGUGAAAAUGUGCUCCCUGCUCCGAGGUGAAGAGAUGUGUCUGGCCCAGCUGUUUCUACAGUCCGUGUCCGCAUACGACUGUAUCAGUGAACUUGGAGAACUGGGGCUUGUGGAGUUCAGAGACCUCAACCCCAGUGUUAACGCAUUCCAGCGAAAAUAUGUCAAAGAGAUCAAAAAAUGUGAUGAGAUGGAGAGGAUCCUUGGAUACCUUCUGAGAGAAAUCAAGAAAGCAGAUAUUUCAGUGCCAGAAGUAGAAGUGAACCCAGUGGCUCCUUUACCCAGGCACAUCAUGGCUAUAAUGGAGCAGCUGCAGAGGCUAGAAGUGGAGUUAAACGAAGUCACCAAGAAUAAAGAGAUGCUGCAGAAGAAUCUGCUGGAGCUGACAGAGUACACACACAUGCUACGCAUAACCCGCAGCUUUGUACAGAGAGGUGCUGAGGGAGGGGCCCUACACGUACAGUAUGAGGAGUUUCCUUUCCUAGAAAAGGACACAGUAAUGGACUACAGCAGCAUGCAGAGACUAGAGGCCAAACUGGGUUUCAUCUCUGGGCUUAUUCAGAGGGCGAAGAUUCAGGCCUUUGAGCGAAUGCUUUGGAGAGUAUGUAAAGGCUACACCAUCCUCAGCUAUGCUGAGGUCGAGGAGUAUAUGGAUGACCCUGACACGGGUGAACCUACCAAAAGUGUGGUGUUCCUAAUCUCUUACUGGGGAGAUCAAAUUGGCCAGAAAGUGAAGAAGAUAUGUGAUUGCUACCACUGUCACCUGUAUCCCUAUCCCAGUAGCAAUGAGGAGAGGAGCGAUGUUGUGGAAGGACUAAGAACUCGCAUUCAGGACCUGCACACAGUACUUCACAGGACAGAGGACUACCUGAAACAGGUCCUGAUUAAGGCUUCAGAGUCUGUCUACACCUGGGUCAUCCAGGUCAAGAAGAUGAAAGCCAUCUACUAUAUUCUGAACUUGUGUAGUUUUGAUGUUACCAACAAGUGUUUGAUUGCUGAGGUGUGGUGUCCUGUCAAUGACAUUCCCAUCCUGAGGAAGGCUCUAGACGAAGGCUCGAGAAAAAGCGGGGCGACAGUUCCUUCUUUUGUCAAUUGUAUCCCCACCAGCAACACUCCGCCCACCCUGAUAAGGACCAACAAAUUUUCCUCCGGCUUCCAGAACAUUGUGGAUGCCUAUGGAGUGGGAAGUUACAGGGAGAUUAAUCCUGCUCCUUUUACAAUCAUCACUUUCCCAUUCCUGUUUGCUGUGAUGUUUGGGGACCUGGGUCAUGGCAUUAUCAUGGCUCUGUUUGCUUUCUGGAUGGUGCGGCAUGAGAACAACCGCAAGCUUAAAAAUACCAGGAAUGAGAUCUGGAACACAUUCUUUGAGGGGCGUUAUAUCAUCCUGAUGAUGGGCUUGUUCUCCAUCUACACUGGCCUGAUAUACAAUGACUGUUUCUCAAAGUCCCUUAACAUCUUUGGCUCUGGAUGGAAUGUGAGCGCCAUGUUCAGUUCAGGGAUGUGGACGGGUAGUUCUCUUACCCUGGAUCCGAAUGUUCCUGGAGUUUUCAAAGGGCCGUACCCUGUGGGAAUUGACCCAAUCUGGAACUUAGCAACCAACCGCCUUACGUUUUUGAACUCUUAUAAGAUGAAGAUGUCAGUGAUACUAGGCAUCGUACACAUGAGCUUCGGGGUCAUUCUCAGCGCUUAUAAUUACUUGUACUCUAGGAAGAAGCACAACCUGUAUUUGGUGUUUAUCCCUGAGCUCCUGUUCCUGCUAUGUCUCUUUGGCUACCUGGUGUUCAUGAUAUUCUACAAGUGGUUGGUCUUCUCUUCUAAGAACUCCAGAGAGGCCCCAAGCAUACUCAUCCACUUCAUAAACAUGUUCCUCCUGCAGGGGGAUACAGUGCCGCGCCUCUACCCAGGACAGGCUGGCAUGCAGGUGUUUCUGGUGGUCAUUGCUGUCCUCUCAGUGCCUGUCUUACUCCUGGGGAAACCUGUAUACCUUUAUUGGCUUCACAAUGGAAGUCACCACCUCAGAAUGUACAGGGGAUAUGAGCGUGUGCGGCGUAACAGUGAAGAGGGGCUCUCCCUGAUGAGGGCUCAUAGCAUGGAGGAGGGCAGCAGUCACAGUGAUUUCUCCACUACUGGAGAGGACCAGACAGAUGAGUUUGACUUUGCAGAUGAGUUACUGCAUCAGGCUAUCCACACUAUAGAGUACUGCCUGGGUUGCAUCUCCAACACAGCCUCCUACCUAAGACUCUGGGCUUUGAGCCUGGCACAUGCCCAGCUAUCAGAGGUGCUGUGGUCCAUGGUGAUGCGAGUAGGACUUCGCAUGGACACCACUCUCGGGGUUUUAUUUCUGGUGCCUGUGUUUGGCCUGUUUGCAAUUCUCACUGUGUCAAUCCUUCUGGUAAUGGAGGGUCUGUCUGCAUUCCUUCAUGCCCUCCGACUGCACUGGGUGGAGUUUCAGAAUAAGUUCUACAGUGGGACUGGAAUCAAGUUUUGUCCCUUUUCCUUCUCUCUUCUGCCUUCCAGUUUUGAGCAGGAUGGUUUACUGUGAAGGAAUUCUGUGGUAAUGCUGUUAGGUAGUAAAUGGAGCCCAAACAAGCCAGCAGGGCUCUGUGCUUGUAAGGACUUACUACAGACAUGUUAUUAGGUGAUUCUAAGUUUUCUUCCUGAUCUUUUAACUGUUUAUCCUGUAAAGAAAGUGUUUGCGGAGCUUCACAAACUUUGGAAAGAAACUUCCUCCUGAGAGUUUCAGGAACAUGGACAGUGGACAAAUAGGUGUUUUUCUCACUGUAAAUUUAUGUAACAUGGUAUUUCUACAACAAAUUAAAAUUGAUAAUCGUUAAAGUUAGAUAAAUUUUUUUCUUAAAUAUUAUUGUUUUCCUCAAUUUCUUCUCUCAUUGUCUAGUUAUUUUUGUCAUUAAUUUCAGCAUUAAUGUCUGUGUCCAUGCAAUUAUUUUGAAUUUUCUCAGUUUUGGCAGAUCUGGUUUUCAUACACUGAGCCAUCUUUCACAUAUGUAAUUCCUCCUUGUUGUUGCACUGACUGCCUUACAAAACUGUAACCAAAUGACAGCAUACUGUAUUGUUCUUAUGUUUCCCUUGUAUGCCUACUUUGUGGUACUUUAGUGAUACAUAUAUGUGUACUUUCAGAGAAUUAUUUUUUAAUUUAUUUUAAAAUGCAUCAGAAUUAAAGUGGAGUGGGAUAUGAUUUUCAUUUUUAUGUAUUCACAGUUUUCUUUCUGUGUUUAUAAGUUGCUGUAACUUUCCUGCAUUGAUUUGUUGAAUCGGCUCUAUUGGUCGGGAGCCCGUUAGAUAAAAUUCCUAUAUCCAAAUUGAGUACAGUAUUGAUACUAGCAGUAGUAUCUACUCAUUUUGUGAAUGUCUUGGGAUUGAAUGCAGUUAUUAAGAUGUUUUUCCUAAGGGAAGAGACUUAAUUGUCUGCACAUUUUCACUGGAAACACUUCAUUACAUUAAUGUUUUUGAAAGUCAAAAGGUUGAUUUUUAAUUGAUAACAGUGGAACAAAUACUGUUGAAUCUUCAUGCUACAAGUGGCAGCCACUGUUAGGUUUGAGUGCUGUUUACAAUUAGCAGUCAUUUGCCUAACACUGAAUUGUUUUAUGAAUUGCUUAAAUUGGUAUUUUAAUUUCUUCAAAUUCAUCCCUAAUCUUCCAUUUCAUUUUAAUGUUAAGAAUUGUCCUUCUAUCGUUGCCAAACACUCCAUAGUCCAAUUCUUUUUAGAAAAUCCUUCUGUGUUCAUCCUCAUGCCAAUAAUAAAAUGUUUAAUAUGUUUAAGGACUUGCAUCACAGAAUGACCGCAUCAACUUGAAACUUGUGUGUAGAAACACCUUUUCAAAGUUCAGUCUGUAAACCUUCAGAAGGUGACUUUAUGCUUCUUUUUAAACUUUUUUUUUGUGAUUUGUAUUAAAUGUACACACACACACACACUCUGACUUUAUAUAAAACCUUUGGUGCAGUAUAAUGGAGAGGGUUUGCAAAACAUGGAUUUGCAAAUUUCUGAUGUAUUAACUGAUUAUGCAUUAAU